AUGAACCUGGCAAAGCGUGGCCUGCCAUCGCCGUCGGCUUCUUCGUUGCCUUUGGUGGUGUUCUCUUUGGGUUUGCCACCUCCUCCCUCUCUCGAAAAGCCCAAGGUGACUGACCUGUUCUAUAGCUAUGAUACUGGCACCAUUAGCGGUAUCCUGGCCAUGCCUUACUGGCAGCGUGAAUUCAGCACAGGUCACGUUGAUGCUGAUGGAAACCCCAACGUCACUUCGUCUCAAGAAUCAGCCAUCGUGUCUAUUCUCUCUGCAGGCACUUUUUUCGGCGCCCUCGCCUCGCCUCUCUUGUCUGAUUGGCUUGGUCGCCGCCCUGGUUUGAUGAUCUCGACUUGGGUCUUCAACCUUGGAGUUGUUUUGCACACUAUCGCGACUGACAUUCCGUUGUUUCUGGCAGGCCGCUUCUUUGCUGGCUUCGGUGUUGGUCUUAUAUCUGCUACUACGGCUAACUCUCCUCAAGUUCCUCUGUAUCAGUCUGAAACAGCACCCAAAUGGAUCCGUGGUGCCAUCGUUGGCUCCUACCAGUGGGCCAUCACCAUCGGCCUUCUUCUCGCCGCCGUCGUAAACAACGCGACUGCGAAACAGGAUGAUUCAGGCUCCUAUCGAAUUCCCAUCGCGCUCCAACUCGCUUGGUCUCUUAUCCUCUUUAGCGGAUUGCUGUUUCUUCCAGAAACUCCACGCUUCCUUGUAAAGAAGAGCCAGAUGGACAAGGCGGCAAAGGCUCUCAGCCGCCUUCGAAGAUUGCCUGCUGAUUCCCCAGAAGUCGCAAAUGAACUCAAUGAGGUUGUAGCAAACCAUGAGUUCGAGAUGAGUCUUGGGCAGUCCUCAUAUCUCCAAUGCUUUAAGCCUCCCAUGCUCAAGAGGCAACUCACGGGUAUGGGCGUUCAGGCGCUACAGCAGCUUACAGUGAAAUUUUAUUACGGCACCAAAUACUUUCAAAACUCGGGAGUGUCAAGUGGCUUUGUCAUCUCAAUGAUCACUUCAGCUAUCAAUGUUGCAUCGACGGUGCCCGGAAUGUAUGCAAUCGAUAAAUGGGGACGCCGGCCCAUGUUGCUGUGGGGCGCAAUUGGCAUGUCUAUCUCUCAACUGAUUGUCGCUGUCUGUGGCACUCUGUCUACCGGGCAGUACGAUAACGGCGAAAUUUUUAUCAAGAACCUCGGUGGGCAGCGAGCGGCUGUGGCCUUUGUUUGCAUUUACAUUUCCAUCUUUGCAGCUACUUGGGGUCCCCUCGUUUGGGUGGUGACCGGAGAGAUUUUCCCACUUAAGACACGAGCCAAGUCCCUCAGCAUCACGACCGCUACAAACUGGCUACUCAACUGGGCUCUGGCUUAUUCCACCCCGUUUAUGGUCAAUUAUGGCGAUGGAAAUGCAAACUUGCAGUCCAAGAUCUUUUUUGUGUGGUUCGGCUGCUGUUUCCUAUGCAUUGCAUUUGUUUGGUUCUUCAUCUAUGAGACAAAGGGGCUCACUUUGGAGCAAGUUGAUCAGCUCUAUGAAGAAGUAAGCGUCGCUCGUAAGUCGGUUCACUGGGUCCCGUCCUCCUCUUGGGAAGAUCGACAGGGCCACGGUAUGAAGGAUGACAAGAACGCAGAUGUAGAGGAAGUUGGCAAUUGAGGGGAACUCGGUGGAAGAUGUCACUAGUUUUGAAAUCUGGAAUCUGGAAUCUGGUGAGCUGGAGCUGGCCCUUUGUGGGAACAGUGGUUGUGUCUCAGAUUUAGAAGAUGUUCGGGGGGACAACAGCAGCCAAGUCUUUUCGCAUGUAAUCCACAUUCGGAAUGACAGGCGGGCAGGUUUUGAGGAUGGAAAGUUGGCGGGACUGGUGGUUGUUCGAAUGUGUUGGUUUUGUCUUCGUCUCUUG